AUUUGUUUUGCGUACAAAUUUUCGCGGGUGUAUAUUGAUCUAUCCUAUGAUAUGUAGUUUACAAUUCUAUGAAAUUCUAGAAUGCAUUAUUUUUUCAAAUGAGUAGAGAAAUUUUUGAGAAUGCAGUGUUUUUAAAAUUCUAAAUCAUCACCUUCUGUUUAAUACAAUAUGGCAUUAUCUUCUUAUUGGAUAUCACAGAACCGUAAGGAUUUGGCCGAACGAGCCAUUGUUUCUAAAAGAGAAAAAGAUGCUGUUAGAGCAUCGAAAUGUAUGGAAGUAGAUUCUUACCACAGGCAGUUGGCACUCAAAUCAGCUAAAUACAGAAGUCUUGAGGAAGUACAAGGUUUAAAAACAUCAAAAGCAAAUGAUGAAUCUCGUGUAAAAGAAAGCCAAAGAUUUGCUGAAAAGGAAAGGUUAGAAUACAGAAGGCAAAAGUUAGCUCAUAUAUUGGCCAUUGAAAAUGACCAAUACAUGAAAGAAUUGAAAGCUAUGCAAGAUGGUGAGCGAGAAAAGGAUCCAUGGAAUAUUGUUAAAUUGAAAGAACAAAUCGAAGAACUGCAAAGAAGGCGAAAGGAAGGGGAACAAAAUAUGCAGAAAAGAUACCAGCACCAUCUAUUUUCAUCUAGUAUAAAAGCUUCAAAAGAGAAAGAAGAAGAAGAGCUACAAAGAGAAAUCUCAGAGGCAUGGCAGCAACGGAAAGAAGAGCUAGAAAAGUUAAGCUUGGAAAAGCAACAAAAGGAAAAAGAGAAACUCCAGAAUCUAGAAUUAGAGGAAUUAAAAGCAAAACACGAAGCACGAGAGGUUGAAAUAUCACAAUUAGAAGAACAAGAAAAAUGGUCCAAACUUGUGGAAGAGAAAGUGAAUGAACUAAAUGCAGCAGACAAUGAAAUUCAAAAAUUAAAAGCCGAGAAACAGAUACUUAUUCAACACUUGGAAACAUUGCUUUCUUUGCAAAAGAGGCGAGAGGCUGUGCGUGAAUUGCAGAAAAAGACAUUUUAUAAAAUGCAAAAUAUGUGGCAACCAAAAGAGAAGUUAAGGAGAAUUUUAGUUGAAGUGCAGCAUAGUCUGGAUUUUGAUUAUAAGUUGCUUAUAACAAUGAGUGCCUUCAACAAAUCUGCCUUAGAAGAUACAGCUCUGGCAUUGCUGGAUUUAGAUUGUGUUACAGAUGUAAAAAAUAAGAUUGAAAUGCAAAUUGCGAUGGAAAAGGAAAGAGAAGUUGAAAUACAACAGUUAUACCAUGAAGAAGCAACUAGAGUUUUAAACAAGCGUUUAGAACAGUGGUCUUUAGAAGCUUUGGCAAGAGAUGAGAUAAUGACUGAUCUGUUCAAAACACUUGCAAAGGAAAUAAAUAAGAAAAUCGAAUAUAACUUUGAACAAGAAAAGAAGUAUCUUCGUUUGAAAGAAGAAUGGCUCAAAGAAAUCGAUGAAUUCAAUCAAAAGGCCAAACAAACUGUUAAAACAUUGGAAGAGAAGAAGCUGUGUUUCCUAGAUCGUUCGAAAAGACUGAGGGAAGAAUUGGAAACUUUGUCUACAGCUAGAUCUUCUAGACCAUCCAGUUCUCAUGGAAGAUAUCAAAUGGGAACUUCCUGAUUAACAUUGCCUUUGUAAGAGUUUAAGUGUGCCUUACCAUAUAUAUAUAUCAUGGAUAGAAAAAUAUAUUCAUUUUAAUAUCACUGCUUUGCUUUUAGCAUGGACUUUUAAAUACAUUAACCAUUAUUUAUUUUAAUCUUUUUGCAUUGUCACCAUUUUGUGAAAUUUUCAUGCUCAAAUUUUGUGUGAGAUAUUUUUGUUGCAAUGUUUCAUGUAUAUAGUAGCCUUUAAAAAUGUUUUCAAUUUUUAAAAUUAUUCUUUAAAUAAAUAUUCAUAUUUUUAUUGAUCUUAGCAGUUCUGUGAUAAUUUUAUAUUUGAUAUAUGGUUAAGAAUGUGAAUUGAUAGCAAAAAAAUAUUAUAUCUAAUGCACUGUGAUAAUUAGAGUUUUUGACUUUCCCAUUUCAUAAGCAAGUUGAUAUGGAGGAAGAAUCAAAAUUAAAAUCCCAAUUUCAAACCUUUACUAUAUAACCAACAGAUAUUUGUCAUUCUCAUUUUAAAAAUAGAUACUCUUAGAGAUAAUGACACAGUUUCAUAGAAACACCGAUUUUGCAAUUUUUGGAAUUAAAUUUUGUUUUUUAAAACGAUUGAUUUUUUUUCAUGUAAUUACUCAAUAUUAAUAAUUUUACUAUCUUAGGCACUUUUUGUGUGAAUUUAUUUGUUUUGUUGCUCAAUUAAUUGUACUUAUUUUAUUUUUCGCUAUUGGUGUCUAGCACAAUUCAUUAUUUUAUGAAAUUCAGCUUUUUUUACUGCAAGUCUCUGUCCUGUCUAGGUAUAAUGUAUUCAAGUUUUAAAUGCAGGCAUUAUAAUUAUUGAAUAUGUGCUCGUUUAUUAUAUGGCAUACAUAAAGUCUUUAGUGUGGUCCUUGCCAAACUCUUUGUAGUAGACCUGUGUGGAUGCUGUCAUUAGUAGAGCAGGCUAUGAAAUUCAAGAUAACCAUUGACAAUAAAAGUACUAUUUCAGUAGCAAAUAAUCAUAUUGUUGGAUUGAUAGAGGUGGAAAGAGAGAGAAAACUGUUAACUUGACCACUACAGUAUUUAAAAACUGCAGUCCAUGCUAGGUUGUUUUUUUUUUUUGGGGGGGGGGGCAUAUGAAAGUUGCUAUUACCAAUAUUCACAAAAUGCUCCAGAGAUUUGGCGAUAAUUGCAUUAGAGAUUUAGUAUCUGGUAUUAAAAGCUGUAUAUUCAAUAUUUGUGAUAGUUGCAUUCAAAACUUCAAAAUAUUGCUUAUGGAAAUAUGUAUCUUUAAAAUAAAUAUAGUAAAUACGGAGGAUUUAUUUUGACUCACUGUGUUAUCAGAUUCUAUAACAAAAAAUUUUCUAGUUUGGAAAAGUCAAUAUUAUGAUUUAUUUCAUGUAUAAUAUUUAAAAU